CAUAGUACGGUAUCGUAUCACGGUACCUGUACGGAUCCUAGUAGAUUGAAACACAAAUGCUUCCAUCUGAAACCGAAACCAUCAUCCCCAAUCAUCGAUCCAUACCUGUUUUUGAACCCCCUCACGACCAUCCAUCAUAAGUGGGUGAAAGACAUCCACGCUUCGGCUUGUAUCAAAAUGAUGAGGUCGUCCGUGACAACCACCACGAUGCGUCGCUUGGAAGGAGCAUUUCGUCGCCAAUUGAAUGGAUCUCUUUCUGCUACUAGUAUUUGUGCGCACCAUCCACAGCGAGGGUUUUCUUCGGCUCGACCAAAAGCGAAAGAGAGUAGGGUGGCAGCAGAUCCUUCAGGCGGAGACACUGAACCUUCUGAGAAGACCCAGAAUCGACAACCAUUUGUAAAACCCAUUCUCGAGCCCGGCGAAUGGGACAUCGAUCGCAAGGAUCCCUAUCAUAGGCCGAAGCCACCCCGCAACAAACUGAUCAGCGCCGAAGAUUUUGCGAACCGGCCACCUGUCGGUUUCGACAACGAGUUCAGUAGCUAUGAAGAUUCCAUGAUCGCCCUGUCCUGGCUAGAUACCAAGACGUGCCGACAAAUUUAUUCCACAUACGUGGACAUGAUGGUCCGCCACCAAACGGACCAUCCCGGGCGGACUUCCCACGAGUACGUGUGUCGGGUCCUUGCCCAACGCUUUCAGAUCACAACCUGGAGGGCGGCGGGCGUCGUUCAGCUGCAGCAUGCCGAGGAGCAAAUGAGGAGGAACAACCCCGAAUUGCUCUGCGAGGAGCAGGCGCAAUGGGCCGAGGAGACCAUUAUGAAAAACAUUUCGGAUGCCUAUAAAUCAGAGCGGUCGCAUCCUCCAAAUAGAGGCCACGGUGGCCAGCACCAGCCCUUUGUGGAAGAUCCGGUGGGCAUUCAUGGUCUUGGAGAACCAGACGAAAUAUCCACCUCUUGGGCUCCCACUGAUGAUAUCUAUGACCUCGAGGCCAAGCUGCACCAGGCCAAUGCAAGAGACGACGAGCUGGCCCAGGUCAUGAUCGACGAACACGUCUACAGCGAAGACGUCGACGAGUCGACCCUGCCGGUCCAAACCGAUGGGGUUGCAAAGGGAUUAAUCAGGGCUCAUAAAAAGCAACAAAAUGAAUCCAAGAACGAGGACGAAUCGUUGAGCAUCGCAUACCCGGAGACAAACGGCCAGGGCGCCAAGCGCCCCCGCUGGAAAUACGUUGCAAAGGUUGUGAAUACCCGCGCAAUGCGCAAAAAGGGGAGAAAGAUCACUUCCUACUCCAACAACAACACAACCAACACCCUGGUGGAACACAAUGGGGAGUUGAGGGUGGCCACGGUCGAAGAAGCCAAAAAGGUGGCCUGGAAACCCACCCGAACGAAGGGGAACUCUUACAUCUAUGAGGGGGCCCAAAAGGCAUGGCUUGACAAGACCAUCAACGGGAAGACAGAAGUCUGGGGCAAAGCACCCAAGACGAGUGCGGCGGCAGCCACCGCUGCAGCAGCGGCGGGUGUCGUUACGGAGGAACCAGUGACACCGACGGAUGAAGCCUCCGCGGCCGAGGACGAAACAAAGGAGGAGGAAUCCGGUGAUGACACCGAGGAGCAAGACGACUCUGAAAAGUAAUGGCCACGAAUGAAUAGAAUGGCAAUCUUAUA